CUAUAAUGUUGGUAUAUAAAUCCAACAAAUAAAUAAAAUUUGUUAUUAAUUCUUGUUGGGAUUAAUUUUUUAUUCUAAAAUAGUAGUACCUAUUUUACUUACACCAUGAAUAAAGUACUUUUGGUAUUUGUUUUGGCAACUGUCCUAGUUCAAGUAUUUGCCCAGAGUGCCAGCCGUGUUCAAUUAGGCAGGCUUGACUGCGGAGAAAAUGCUGUACAAGGUUGUGCUCCCUGUUGUCCAGAAGCAGAAGCAACUUGUUCCAACAAAGUUCCUCAACCAUGUCCUGGUAUUUGCACUAGAGAAUGUAGGAUCCAAUGUCGUUGUGCUCAAGGAUACUUGAAAGACACGGCCACUGGAAAGUGUGUCAAAGAAUGUUAAUUUCUUAUUUCUAAAUAUCUCAAUUAUAUUUACUUAAUAAUUAUGCAAUGUAAAACAAAAAUAUAACAAAUAAAUCUUUAUAUUAAAA